AAUGAGAAUUGCUAUAUUGGCUCUUGUAGUUAUCUGUGCAUUAUGUGGUCAAAACAUGAGAAGUAAGAAAAGGUAUGUCUUAUUAAAUAGACAAGCACUGUAGGAGAAGUUCAUGAUUUAAGCAAUAAUGUUGGAGUGAUCAGCAAAUAAGAAGUCUAAGUAACACCACCUCUUACAAAAUAAUAAUUUUAAAUUAAUAAGGCUGCUAAAUCAACUACUUAAGCAAUUGAAUAAGCACUUAAGCAUUCAACAGCAACAUCUUUACUUGAAGUUGAACAAUCUUUUAAUGAUGAUGUUAUAGACAAUAUUCCUUAUGUUGAAGAAACCAUUGAUUAAAUGUAAAGUGCAAAACCAGAAGAUGUCUAUUCAAAUGAUGGCAAUUCACCAGAUAUGGGUACAAGUGCUGAGAAUUUUGAUGGAUCUGAAGCUCCAAUGACUUCAGAAGAUAAUUAAACUACUCCAUAAGAUGAAUAUUAUGCCACAGAAACUCUUAUAACUAAUGAAGAAGUUUCAUUAAUUCAAUUAGGAGAAAUUGAUGCACUUGCUAAUGUUGAUACAAGCAUGCCCUUAUUAGAUGAAGAUUUUAAAUUUGAUGAGUAAGCUCUUUAAGAAACUCCAUUGAAUGUUGGAGUUAAUGAUAUUCCUGAAGUUUAAGUUAAUUCAAAUGAGGAAAUUUCAGUUGAUUUAGAAAGACAAACUAAUGAAAUAGUAGAGGCCUUGAUGAAUGAAGAGGAUAUUAUGAUAAAUGAGGUUUAGCUCAUUUAAGUUGCAGAUAGAGGAUUCUAUUGA